AUGUCUUCCGCAACACCUGCUGAAGAUCCCAGCGCUCGACGUAAACGGCCCGCUAGGAAGUAUACCUCCCGCGCCUGCGAGGAAUGCCGUCGACGAAGAGCCAAGUGCGAUGGCAAUAGACCCUCCUGCUCGCGAUGUCUGGAUCGCGGAAUCCGCUGUCAGUACUCGACCGCCGAGGACGGGAGACAGCCCGCGCCUAAGGCAUAUGUGGUGAUGCUACGGAAUCGGAUUGAGCUACUGGAGCGUGUAUUGCACUCACAUGGUAUUGAUCCAGAAGCCUCAGUUGCGCAACUGAUGGCCGAAGAUGAGCUUUCGAAUCAACAUCAACCAACUGAGUCGGAGUGGGCAUCCGCCGGCUCAAAUUGUAACGUCGAGGACUUGUGUGGUACUUUUGAUGGAGCUUUAACCCUGGACGAAUCAUUGAACUUCGAUCAGGAUGGCGAGGUUAGAUAUUUUGGCCCUACCAGUGGAAGACUCCUCUUCCGCUCUUCGGAAAAUGACUCUCCGGUCGAAGAGGCAUAUUCAACAGAUCCAUCAUGUACGGGAUGCUCUACCAAUACACCGGAAUGUCCAGAACCUGCCGCGACUUGUCGAUACGAAGUGGCUGGCGAACUCUCUCCACCAUACGAAACCUGGUUAUCAGAUGAACUUCAAGCGCAUCUCAUCGACCUAUACUUUGAAUGGGAACAGCCAUGGUUUCAGAUGCUAAAUGAAACCCUCUUUCGAGAGAGUAUGGCCAAUGGCGGGCGAUACUUCAGCCCCUUAUUACUGACCUGUAUUCUCGCGGUGGGCUCUCGGUAUUGCGAUCGACUCGAGGUUCGAACCGAGCCGAACGAUCCCAACACCGCAGGGAGGAUGUUCAUCUGCAAAGCAGAGAAAUUGAUACAAAAUGAUUUGAGAUGGCCCAAGAUCACUACUAUUCAAUCAUUGGCUAUCAUGGGCAUGUUCUACAUCGCAACGGGUUCGGAUGCAGCAGGUUGGCUUCAUCAAGGCAUGGCCAAUCGUCUUGCUCUGGACAUGGGUUUCAAUAUGGAUCCGGCCGUUUUGGCCGGGCUGAGGCAGAUCUAUUGGGCUUUGUAUUGCCAUGAUAAGCUUUCUGCAAGCUAUGCUGGUAGAGUCUGCACCCUCCUGGACUCGCAAGGUGUUGUGAACAAGCCGUACCUACAGUGUGCAAGCACCAAAGUCUUACCUUCGGCGAAAGGCAAUGGUCAACUACGGGCUUACUCACAAAGGGACGUCGCUAAACUGCACCAAGCGAUGAUUGACCUUUGCCGGAUUCUCGAGAAGAUCCUUCACUCACUCUGGUCACCUAGGCCCCUCCUCCAUGCCCAUCAGAGGUCCGCCUUCUUCGAUUCCUGCGUCCUCGAACUCAAAACAUGGUACUAUGAUCUUCCCUCGGAAAUCAAAAUCGACCGAUCAUCCGGCCCAUCCAAGUUCCCACACGCCUACACAAUGCUCAUGGUCUACCACACAAUUUUCAUCCUCCUCUGUGGCCCCUUCAUGAACAAGCCCUCCUCCUCCUCCAACGCGAAUACGCAAACAGAUAACAUGACCAGCACCAAUCAAGGCGAAUCCCAAGAAGAAAAACCGUCCCCCGACCACUCCCGAACCACCAAAGCCCUCGCAAGCUGCAGUUCCUCAAUCCGCGCAAUGUGCCUCAUAAUCCAAAAAUACCGCCACACAUUCGGCAGUUUCAAAAUGAGUCCCAUCACAGCAACAUACUGCACUUUAUCCGCGGCCUUAAUUAUAAUCGAAAACUGCUGCACAAUCGAAAACAAAUCACCCAACACUACAAAGACCAAUCCCAACCCCAAUUCCAAUUCAAAUGCCAAUUCCAGUCCCGACGCCUGCACUGCCGAAGAAGCCACAGGAUCCAACCGCAAUUUAUCCCCACACGUAGCAGUGGGCCUGUGUAUGCAAGUUCUACGAGAAUUAUCAACGUCCUGGAACAUCGCCAAGCGAAUCGGUCGGAAUUUGGAAAAAGUUUACACCCAGCGCUUCGGCUCGGAUCAUGUUCCCUGCCCGCCGAAGGAAUGUGAUAUGGCAGCCUAUGAAGCGGCGACUCAACUCGUCGAUGCGAAUAUACCCUUCGAAACGAAUGUGCCUCCGUUGGAUACCUUUGAUCCCUUCUUUGAUAAUAAGAAUGCCAUGCAUCUACAAAACCCCCUUUCUUUUCAUCUUGAGCAUCAACAUCAACAUCAACCGCUUCCCUCUGCCACCGAGGCACAUUCUAUUUAUCUGAAUCAGGAUGAGAAUACACCACCCGUUACUGGUUUUGAUGCCGGUGUCGGUGUCGGUGUUGGCGUUAAUGGUCCUGAUUUCUCGAACUUGGUAAGCUCUGAUGAGCUUUUUGCGCAGAAUUUGGGAUUUGCCUUUGAGCCGGAUUGUUUGCCGAGUGAUUAUAAUAUGUUUGAUACGUUGAAUCAGAUGUAUUUAGAGGAGACGUGGUGA